AUGCUCCGCCGCGGACUGCAUCAACCAGUCGCGCGGUCGCGCUCACAUAAGAAACUGGGAUUCGAGAGGCCGACCCCCUUCUCGAGUCAUCGCGCGGUUCCGCAAAACGGAAGGAAGCGAACGGUUACCGGCGAGUGUACGUCGCGCGGCCGUCGCGAGACCAUCCGUUGCACGUUUAAUAAAACAAGGAAACACGUACGCGUGCACCAAGGAAGAGCGUGUUGUCCGCGCUCUACCGAGGCUCGAGUACGACUGACCGAACGUUUACCCCCACCACCUCGUUGACGAGAGAAGCGAGGCGAGUCGAACGUUGUUCGUGAUUCACGAGGGGCCCCGUAGGGCCCGUCGAAUCGGGCCCGACUCAGGCCCGUCGGCGCCGAUCGGCCACGCUCGGCUCGACGACAGUCGCGUCAUUCACGCCGACGAUGAAGAGAGGGGGGCCGCGCGGCCUCCUGAACGAGUUCCACGAAUACACCACGAGAAUGACGCUGUCGGACGUAACGGAGGCUUAAGGGGAUGUUACUCGAUGCCACCUCGCGCCACCGAGGAAGAUGUUUCUGCUCCUUUCAGUGCUUCCUCUUCCUCUUCUUCUUCCUGGCGACGGAGAGAUCCGACCAGGUGGAGGAGGACGAGCCCGGGGAGGAUGCUGCGUGUUCUCAUUGAGGGACAAAUCUUAACGAAGAGGCAGCAUCGGCGCUAACGUCGCGAAAACGGGAGAGAUCCCAAGACGGUCAACUAAAGUUCCUAUUUUUCACGUGUUUUAGCCCAAGGAUUAGGAAAUUAAGGGAGCGCAAAGAGUCGAAGAGGAGUAAUAAGGGAGAAAGAGCGAGAGAGCUAGGAAAGGACAAGAGGAAAAGGAGAGACCGAGAUGACACAUGUCGGAACCUCGUGUCCGCGACGAGAAUGGAGCCUCCCGCGCUAAUUAACCAGCCAAUUAGAAAGCCCGCGGCCAUGCGUAAUGAGCUGCGCGCGCAAAAGUUCCUAAAUGCAAUGCGGUCUUUUUUCCUGCGAAUUUUUCGCGCCGGUUACGAAGCGCGACGCGUGCUAAUAAUAUAAAUUUAGAUACACUAAGAAAACGCAAAACUCCUCCUUCUCGCGAUCGUAUCGAUCACGACCGCCUUCGGGAUUACCAGCGUGAUCGAAAGGCGAAGAGCCAGCUGCAGGAGGAGGAGGAGAGGAAAGGAGCGCGCUUUAGUCCUCGAGAUACUAGUCCGCUAACAAUCAUAGUGAUAGUAAUAUAAUACAGCGCUAAAGGGGUUAAUUGUACAACAGCGAAGAGCGCCUUCUGCCAAGACAAGCCGGGAGGAGGUGAAAUAAAUAAGCAACGUACUUGUGUCUUAUGGCGUCUGACACCGCCAACAGGCAAUAAAAUAGGAAGCUCGGGGCGCGAACGAAGACGAGACGUCAAGGGGAGAGACUUCUCUCUGCAAAAUCCUAUCCCGCACGGAACUACGAGAGGUGCGUGAAAGGGAGCCUAUUUUUUUUUUCUGCGAGACAGUAUGGAAUCUGUGGACGGGCACGCUCGACUUCGGAAGCCAACCUUGCAGCUCCUCAAGCAGUUUUUAGCUGUACGCUAAUGUGCCACGUGGGCUCUUGAAGCAAUUUCUCAGACCGCGCGCGCCGCGCGGUGUUUUUAUCCUCUUAACUGAGUACGAAGUAAACUUAAGUGAAGAUUAAGUAAAAGAAAUACCGAAUAAAGAUAAACGAACAAAUAAAUAAAUAAAUAAAUCUAUAUAUAGAUAUAUAUAUAUAUAUACACAAUUUAAGAACACCUAUAUAUUUAAUUAUAUAUUCCUAUACAUAUACAAGGAACACAUGUACAGGUAUUUUAUUAGGUCCCUGCGAUUUUCAAACUCACCCUCACGUUGAAAUAAAAAUACGCGAAAAGCGAGAUCCAGGAGGUGAAAAGGAGACCAAGAAACCGAUAGAAAGAGAGAAAGAGAGACAGCGAAGGGCGCUUUUCGCGCGUCAAGAGGCUAGAAAGAUAUUUUUCACUGCGUCGAAUUGAAGGUGUAAACGAAAGAACGGUAAAAUGUCCACGAUGAGUGUCGUCUCGAACUCUUCUGUCGAGGUGGAUUCGGACUCCUCGAACGACGUGUCGAGCAAGGACGACGGCAGUGCCGAUAGGAAGUUUAUCCUACGUAACGAGCUAUACAACAGUCUGCUGGCGAGCGCGUUAGGCAAAACCGUGCUCAACAGACAUCUCAAUUUCAAGGAGCAAGGGAUUAAUUUCAAUCUAGCGAACCUGAAGGACAACUUGAACGCGCUCGGUGCACUAAAGGAGUUGAAGGACCUGAAGGGCUUGACCGUCAGCAGCGUGCCCGCUUUCCCGAGGAACUUGGCUCUUCAUCGGGAAGAUCACGAUGAGAAAAACUCGUUCGCAUGGUCGGAGGGUGGCGAAGAAGGCGGCGGCGGCGGCGGCGGCGGCGGUGGUGGUGGCGGCGGCGGAGGGACGGGUGGGACCGGAACAGGUGGCACGGGUCCAGCCACCACUGGUGGUGGAGGACUGGCCCAUUGGGUUAGUGUCAUGGCGGAACACAUUCACAAUCCGCACUCGACCACUGGCGUCGGGGUUCACCAUCAACAACAAUCCCCACCUCAGCCGCCCUACCCGUGGAACAACGGCCUUUCCAGCGACCAAUGCACCCCCCACGACAAGGAGAGCGACUAUUGGGGUGGCGGCCGGGGCGCGAAACAGGGUUACGAGCACUUUCUGUUACAGGCGAAAAUGAACGCGGAUCACGGUCAGCUGCAAAAAGGUGACGAGCAGUAUCGUGGCGCCGGCGGCUCGAGUAGCGGAAGUCCACCCGCCAGUCUGCUGGUGGUUCCUCAGCCUCUCACCGUGAAACCCUCCCAUCCGUCGCAUCUCAACUCGCAUCUCGGUGGUCCACACUCGCAUCCACCGAGGAAGUACCAGUGCAAGAUGUGCCCGCAGAUAUUCGGUAGCAAGGCGGACCUGCAGCUCCACACGCAGAUUCACAUGCGCGAGGCGAAGCCGUACAAGUGCACGCAGUGCUCGAAGGCGUUCGCCAACUCCUCGUACUUGUCUCAGCACACGAGGAUCCACCUGGGCAUUAAGCCGUACCGCUGCGAGAUCUGCCAGCGGAAGUUCACCCAGUUAAGCCACCUACAGCAGCACAUCCGCACGCACACCGGCGACAAGCCGUACAAGUGCCGGCAUCCGGGGUGUACGAAGGCCUUCAGCCAAUUGAGUAACCUGCAGAGCCACUCCCGAUGCCAUCAAACUGACAAACCGUACAAGUGUAACUCCUGCUACAAGUGCUUCUCGGACGAGCCCAGCCUGCUUGAGCACAUACCGAAGCACAAGGAGUCGAAGCACCUGAAGACGCAUAUCUGCCAGUACUGCGGCAAGAGUUACACGCAGGAGACCUAUCUGGCGAAGCACAUGCAGAAACACGCGGAGAGGACGGACAAGCGGCCGCCGAUCAUCGGCAGCGGCCUCAGGCCGUCGAUACACGCGAUGACCGCCCAUCAUCAGGACCACUAUUGGCCAAAGGUGAGCCCGGACUCGGUGAUCGGCGACCUGCACGAGAGACUGCCGCAUCAUCACGCCGAGUACCAUCAGAACCAGAACCCGGAGAUGCUGCUGCCGGGACACGGGCAUCGCACCGCCGAGUCGAUCGAGAACGACUCGAGGCAACAGACACCCCAGCCCGGUGCGAAUCACCAUCCCAACAGCAGCUCGGCCUUUACGCCGAUCUCGUCGAUCUCGAUCAACUCGAUCUCCUCGAUGCAGCACCCGCUCAAUCCCCUGAAUCACCUGCACUACCCGGGUGGCCACCAUCCGGCGUCCCGGCCGUACCUCUACGAGGCGUUCAACACGACGCAGAAGUCGUCACCAACGUCUUCGUCGUCCGGCGUGACGCCCGGCACUACCACCAACCAGAACGCCACGUCCUUCCCGAAUCAGCUCAUCAGCCUGCACCAGAUCAGGAACUACGCUCACCAGCCGAACCUCGGGAAUCUCGGCAACCUGGGCAACCUCGGGAACCUGAGCAAUCUCAGCAAUCUCAGUGCCACGAUGGAGAGCCACGCGCUGCUGGGUGGUCUCAAGGAGAAGCAGUAACUCUGGAGCAGUAACUCCGGCCUCGGAGAUUAACUUCAGAAAGCGCUCGCGCGCGCUCGUGCAUGCUCUCCGCUACGCGCUCCACGGCUCCCCUUCUGUCUUUCUUCUUCUGCUUUCUGCGUGAACGGCGCGUCGUGAACACCUCGCUCCUACCUAGCUCGAUCGUCUUCAUCUCCGUGAUCUCUCUUAACCGUCUAAUUUAUUUUCCGCGCUCUGGCGUGCGUCCCGAGACUUUUCGGGGAGACGCGUUCUCGAUGGUAGUCAGCUUGGUCUCACGUUAGUGUUGCACGCACAGGUACGUACGUACGUGAAGAACCAGAUGGUGUGUCAUCGUAAUCUUUCAGUAGAUUAAUGCGUACGCGAUGAAAGCCGUCGAAACGAAUAAGAAAUACGUGAUGUUUGCUCGAAGAUCAAUUUUCGACAAUCUGCACAAGUCUUUCAAUCGUAGUCUUUAGAGUAUUCUUUUACCUUUUUUGUUCUCUCGUAUAAUGUCCAAUAUUUGAACCAGUAACCGAUUUACAAUUAUAAUCGUCCAUUUUACGAUUCCCAUUUUUUAUGAUUAUUAAUAAAAUUGUUUAUUUCUGUGCCUUGUGUUCUGUGUCGAAAAUACGAUCGAUUCACUUGACUCUCCCAGAUUCUCCACGCUUCUCGGCGUGCUUCACGUCCCCGCCAAUGAUCACGCGUGCCAAUUACGAGCUAGAAAGUUCCAUCAAUACGCAUUCGUCGCGAUAUAAUCCCGUACAAUCUGACACCGGCCGUUUAAAGACUGACGUUAAAAUGAUAAAGUGGAGCACGAUCGUGGAUUAACUUGUAUUUGAAUGGACGAUACACUUUCAUGAUGAUAGAAAGUACACGAUGAUGAACCGUGAGCUCGACCGCUUCCUCAGUUUAUCGAGCAAUCGAGUAGGUUUCAUUGAAAGGUUCAUCCGUCGCGAAGACAGAUCGAAAUUAUUUUCCGUUGAUGUUAACGACACAGACCUCUACCUUUAUAAAUUCGCUGUUAAACUAUUUUUGUUCGUGUCGGAUGACACGCACUUUCGAUACCCCUCGCUAUAUCUCUUAUCGUUUUUAUCACCUUAUCGCGAUCGCGGGUUUCUUUCAGGACGAUCGAGAUUUCAAUCGAAAUUAUUUUUUUUCUGCGUUGUUUCAGAGAAACUCGAUGUACGUUCUAAGUUUGCAUUAAAUGCACAUUUCUCUUUCGUUUCAUUUGCUUAUUUUCCUUCGCUUUACGUUUCUCAUUUCCUGUAUGUGUGUGGGGAAUACUUAUUCAAAGAGCACUUUGAGGCUACGUCUCGGACGAUGGUAUCGGACGCACUCCCAUUUUGGAAGACACCACUUUCAACGACUCCAUUGACGACAAGGCUCCAAGAUCGAGUUUUAACGAGACAAUUUUAUCGGAUCGAUGCUACAGUAUCAUGUUUGAUUAAACGAGAAAUUUGAUCGUGUUAAUUUUAUAUUAUCCCAUCGGGAAAAAAUUCGGCUAUAUUUUUUUUCAGAAUUAUUUACUUAAAGUGUAAAACACUGCGGUCAAGUCACUUUGAUUUUCGUUAACGCACCGAAAUCGUUUCAUGCUAAGUACGUACGCCCCGCUUCCGAAUUCAUAGAGGAUCACGAGGAUUGUUGUACAAAUUUUAUUGAAAGCGUGGUUCGCGUUUGUUUAAAAAUAAAAUUUUCUCGUUACCUCUCGUGAUCAUUAAAACUGUCAUUAUUUUAGAACACCGUCGCGAUUUACGAAGACAAACUCGGAGGGAAGAUGCAGAGUUAUCGGGACUGAUACGUAGACAGAAUUACACGUACAAGCACACAUACGAUAGGACAAUGCAAAUGUUGCGUUUUUUAUGCUACACGGAGAAGACCAGUGAGACACAUAGGACUCGUUAUGGAACAUUUGGAAAAUUAUCUAAAAAACUAGUGUCUAAAAAAUCAGUGAUAACGAGGAUGUAGGGCGGAGAGGAAAAGAGAACUCUAAGGAAAGCGCUGAAGAGAGAGAGAGAGACUGGUACGCAAAGAGAUGCACACACACACACACACACAUACACACAUAAGACUCGUAUAGGGAUAUAUACGGAUACACAAAGUGUAAAAGCAUCACGCACACAUACUGCAAGAGAGCCGCACGGAGACCUCCUUGUAAAUAGGUGCUAUAUAAAUAAAUAAAUAAAUAAGUAUAUGCAUAUAUUAAGAAAUAAAGAUGAAUAUAUGCAUAUACGAGUGCAUACACAAGUACAUAAAGUAAAGAAAUAAUUAUUAUCAUCACCGAAGCCAUCAUCUUCAUCAGUACCAUUAUUGUCAUCCCUAUCAUUAUUAUUAUUUUUAUUUACAUUAUUAUUAUUACUAUUGCUAUUAUUAUUAUUAAUAUUAUUAUAAUUAUUAUCAAUUGAUUAAUAUUUCGAGCGCGACAUUUGGUAGGUGUGUGUGUGAGGUAAAGAGUACACACAGACUCUAAUAAUGAGGAUAUUCUAAGUACCUUAUCUAAUAUCUAGAUAAUCCGAUGUAAUCAAUCUGUUACGCGUGCGUAUAUGCGUGUAUGCGAAGAGAAGAAAAAGGCGAAAGGCAGAGAGAAAGCAAAAGAGAGAAAGAGAGAGAGAGAGAGAGAAAGAAAGAAAGAGAUGAAUAUGUAUAUGCGAACUAUUGUAGAUAAUUUGUUGUUACGGUGCCAGACGUGAUCUCCCUCGGGGUUCCUACGUUUUAUAUUAAUCGAAUUACAUUUCGCGAGCACAGUCGUUACCGAUCGUCUUAAAGUUUCAUCUUUCUCAAUCGCGAGUCCCGCUCUUGUUUCCGUUACCGUCGAUCGUACCUGAAAUCGUCGGUGCGCAAAAGACGAAGUAAGAGAAAGUGAUCGCGCGACGCCGAUUCAUUUCCAUAAUUAUUUCCGUAAUUAUCGCGCGCAGGAUUCAGCUGACUUGAGAAACCACGAACCCCGUGGCGGUCACGACUGCGCCUCACCUAUGCUCAAGUUGUUUAAAACUAUUACGUUGUUAUUAAGAUGAUGAUAGGACAAUGAAUGAGAGAAGGGGCGAGGGGUACACACAAUAAAGGCAUAAAAGAACCUUUUCCACGAAGUAAAUCACUUUCUUGCCACGUGAAGCCACGACCAGAUUCCUCCGUAAAAGCGGCGUGCGACUCGCGCUGUCUCUCUGAACGUUCCCUCCCCCCACCCCCCCUAAAAAAAAGAUUCAACAACGAACGGAAAAGAACGGGCAGAUGCAUAAUCAGUGCGUACGCGCUGGAAAAGCGUCGAACGUUGCCGUACAUUCUUGACGGGUUGACUUGAUGAGGCAAGGAAAUACGUCUCGUAUGAACGCGUGAUCGGCCGACGCGAUAAAAAUGCUGGAAAAGGAACGGAUAUCAUUUCGUCGCGAGAUUCGCCGGAUAUGUGGGGAACAAAGUAUCCUAUUUUAGAUGAAUUCGCAUGGGAGCAAGGGACAGAUGCAAGAUAAAACAAACUCCGAGCCCGCGCUUUAAAUGUGAUUUCUUCUGCCUAUAUCUUUAGUUUCUUUGAUUAUAUUAUUAUUAUUAAUAAUUUUAUUAUUAUUAUUAAUAUUAUUAUUAUUUCGUUUAAUAAACUGUCACGUGUUAAAAAUAAAGGCAAAGGAGAGUUUCUCGACAUGUGAUGCUGAGUUGUUUUUGUUUCUCCGUUUUCGAAACGAGAAAUUUACUUUGGCCUUCUCUCCUUCUCACAUGCAAUCGUCCCUCCUUUCGUCCAUUGUUUCUCGAGAAAGUAGUUCGGUUUUGCACACACCAGCGACUGUUAAUUUUUGAGAGACGACAUUUAUUUAUCACGUUUCGGUCUGUAGACUAAAGUAUCAAAAAUUCGUGAAGAGAACAUCGAGUGGUGAAGUAAUGCACGGCUCAUCUAUGGUGUUUUAAUGUGUUUCUAUAGAGAUAUUAAAUGUUGAAACACACAUUAGAAUAAUUAGGACAAGGAGCUCGCGUCAAUUUAUUCCGCAUUAAUUUGUAAGUGCACACAGAUGACCCUUUUUGCUGUUAACAUAAUUAUCGGAUUAUGAUAAAUUAUUUUCGUAUCUAAAAAUAGAUAAUUUAAUGAAAAGAGAGAAAGAGAGAGAACUCAAUAAGCGAUAAUAUAUUUAAAUUACGAACACAAGAUUUAUAUAUCUGACAUCCAUUGCCCGAAAUUAUGAUUGUUCAAAUGCAUCGUUAUCGAAAGUGGGGUGUUGGAAAAUAUCCAAGUUUCUUCUCCUAUGUGCUCUCGCAUACUUACGAACUACACAAGUUACAUGAAAGAAUAAACUGGUAUAAGCCUUCAUAAUCGAUUUUAUUCCUCAUCGUAUCUCUUCAGCAUGUUUUCCUUGCGCUAUCAAGUUUCGCCAAAGUAUUCCAUGUCGGAUCAGUACACGCAUAUAGAAAAGGGUGCAUACUUUCCAGUUUGGCAAAAGCAAAGAGUCAAUAUAAUACAUAAUUUCCAAGCUCUAACUCGCUGUUUCCGCGGUAAAAGUGUCAAUAAGAGACGUUUUCUCGCUAACCAUCGCUAACUCUCCCUUCUGUCGUGCACCACUUGGUUCCUGCAAUUCGCCACUCGGAUCAUUUCAUCCUCCACUGAUUCUGUCGCAAUUCUCCCGUUUCUUACGUUCGAUUACGACAAAUUUCGCGAGACACUCGAGCGCGCUCGGUUCCGGCGGGCACUUCGCGGACACAGAUGCCGUCCAAUUAUUCUCUCGUCGCAUAAUGCGAGCACAAUGGAAGAUCGUGCGUCAACGGACAUUAAACGGAGUUGAAGAUGUUUCGUCUACCCUUUCACGGCACCCUCUUACGCGCCAAAGAGCACUGCUUUCGGACCGAAUGAUAAAGUUGAAGAAAAAAAAAGAAGAAGAGUGAUCGUGAGAUUGCUCUCUGUUAGUCGCGCGCGAUCAGUUCCUUCCAAUGACAACGAUCCUUUUGAGAGACGCGAAAAGGGGAGGUAGUAAGGUACACACACUUUAGCAAUACUUAGCAAGCACGAAGGGAGAGGGAGGGGGUGCACACGAAGUCUUUCGGAAAAGGGUGUCGACGAGCGAUCGUUCAAGCGCAAACGGAUCUUCGCGUUCGAAGCAAUAAUUUACAAUCCGCGUGAAUCGUCGCGCGUACAGACGAGAGCGGAGAGGUCGACGCAUUCGCAUUCUUCGGGGAUUUGCAGACUGCGCAGCGGGGACAUUUGCGUUAUUGAAGUGAUUCGGAGGGAGCGGAUAGAAUAAUAAGAUAGAGACUGUAUACUACGAUCUCUUUUAGCGAAAUCGAGAACUGUACGUACGUAUAUUCUUUUAAUUGAAAACGCGAUACUACGCGAUACUCAUAGCAACGAGGUCCAUCGGACUGUUCCACCUUGAAGAAGAAGGCUUCGCGCAACCUCACUCUUUAUAUAUCGUUCUCUCUUUCGGUAAUAGUUAUUAUUACUAUAUACUUCAAGUAUACAAGCUGUAAAUGAAUGUUUCUACAACCAGCAUACCUUGCGUAACCAUUAGUCGUCGAGAGGAAAAGCGAGGAAAUAUAUAUAUCUGUGUGUGCAUGCGUGCGCGUACGCGUGAACGAAUGCGUGUGUCUUACACGCAUUUAAGGAAACGCAUGCGUGGAGGAGAGAAAUUGAUAAAAAGAAUGUUUGUGCGUGAGUAUGUGCACGUAUGACAGCGUAUAUGCAUGUAUAUAUAAAUAUAUAUGCAUAUUCGUUUGUAUGAGAGAAAGACAGAGCGAGAGAGAGAGAGAGAGAGAGAGAGAGAGAGAAAGCCAGGGAGAACGAGAGAGAGAAAGUGAGAGAACGAACAUAAGCGAUAUAAGGAGAAACAAUAUAUUAAUUAUUGCGUGGUACGAACAGAACUGUGAUAUUUUAUUGUAUAACUUUGCGGAAGAGAGAGAGAGAGAGAGAGAGAAAGAGAGCGAGAGAGUGAGAGUGAAAGAGAGAAAAAGAGAGAGAGAACGAGAAAGAAAAGACAGAAGAAUGAAGGGAAAUCUCUAAGGAAAAUAUACUAUUACACGCGAGCAAAGGGGAGAAUAUUACUGUAUUUUACAAAAAAGUGCAUCCUUAAACGCAAUUAAAAUGCAAUUGUGCGGGAACUGUACAUACACCUGGUGUCUCCUCGGAGGAUAUUAGGGUACCAUUGAUUUCCUCUUUUUGAGUUUUAGUUGCGUAACGUAUCUAUAUACAUACAUAUACAUAUAAAUAUAUAUACACACACAUAAUGCCGUAAAAACGCACGAAAAAGGGACAUUCUAUUGUUCGAUAGGAGGCAAAAUGGAAGCUCUGUCCAGUCGUUUCUCGCGACUCUAUGUGAGGAUAUGCUCGGUGUUCUCGGGCCGCGAGCCCCUCGUCUGAUCGUUUCCUGUUUGUAAAGAUAUAUGUAUAAAAUAUAUAUAUAUAUAUACAUACAUACAUACAUACAUGUAUAAACUCUAAGUGUUUCGUGAAAGCGCGCAUGCACGGAGCCGGGCGACCGCACUGCGACGACGUAUCGUACGAUCGCAAACGGAACGAGAGAGUAAUAACUAGCGUUAAGAGCACGUUGCGUCUGUAAACCGCGAAACGCCGAGCGAUUAACCGAUCGUCCCCCGCGCCCUGUCCUAUUUUCUCUCCCCGAUCACCCACUUUCCUUUAUUCCCUUGCUUCUUUCGAUGGGAUCGUUCUUCCCGUUUUCCCUCCGCUCGCUGAUCCUCGUCGAUCGGCGAUUUUCGACGCGGUUUUCCAGCGCGGUAUAAUCUAAGAGAGAACGUUUCCCGACGUUCGGAAAAAACGAUUAUCAAUCUGAAAAAUUCCACCAGCGAACGGGGAGGACGCGCAAGAAUGCCGAAUACAACGGCACACGGUCGCGAAACUGCGAAAGCCCUUUACGUCACGAGACUCAUCUUCGAAUGGAUAACGGGCUCUCAUUGGCAUUAUGUUAACGUUUCACUCCCCGAAGCCGUAGCUCGUAUCCUCGCUCGGGCGCAUUUGAAUGCAACUGUGCGCGGUCGUCCGAUUAUCGCGGCACAUUUAUCUAAUCCACUUGAGACGGACGCGCGAGACGAAAAUCGAGGAGAUCGGCCCAUCUGCGUAUAAAGCUGACGCUAAGUGCGCCCCGAGAAUAUGAGGUUUUAUCCCGCCGAACGUAAACGUAAUGCGACGCCGUACCAAAUAUUUUCAAUGAACCCGCAAUUUCCAGAUCGUAUGAGGGUAUGAGGGAAGAUGAAAGGGAGGAGGGGAGGAAGUAACGUAACUAUCGAUUUUCGCUGUAGCUCCCGCCGCCGCGAAACGAAACGCCGUUCCCUUUGGCUGCAUCCUUUUUUUUGUACUUAAAACGAGCGUGUAUUCACGCGUACUCGGAGGCAGGAAAAGGGAGGCGGCGAAAUAGCGUGGAAGUACAGAGAGAAAGGAUGACCAAACAGAACGGACCCGCGAACCCGCGGCGACUUUCCUGAGAAUCAGGUUGCUGGGGGACUUUACAACGCUCUCCGGAUGCGUACGCGAUGGUUAUCAACACAAGGGAGAUAGGAAAUAGAAGGGAAUGAUUUUUCCGUAUUUUCUCGCGUCGCAGCCAGUUAUACGUCUAUCGUACUAGGAUAUAGCGGACUAAGAAGAUAUACUGCACUGCGCGGGAGCGCGAGUCCGCGAGCGUCGUUUAACUCUUCCAACGGUGGCUGCGAGAUUCCCGUUUCCGCAAAAAAAAUUGAUUUAUGCAAAGUUAUCCGGACGCGAAUCACCCGUUGUUAUUAAAGAAAUGUGAUAAUUGCCGCUGACGGCCACCACCGUCCGGCGAAGAGUUAAGCGGUCGCGUUGCCGCGCGAUUGUCCGAGGAAGUCGUCGAGGGAUUUCGGAACGGCCGGAAUCUCACGGAACAUCCCGCGUUUUCUCCGAGUCUCACGUAGCUUCUACGUCUGAAGAGUCCUUUUUCACGCGAGCACGAUACGCAUGUACAAACAGUGAUGGCGUGAUGGAGCUCGUUGCUCCGUGUCUGUGGCGCGGAAUUCGUACGUCGUUCGCGUUCAGCUCGUCGUUCGCGCGUGACUCCAACCCCCUCGUAUUUUGGAAUUAAAUUGAGCGAUGUCAUCCUCGAAUUCGGAGCAGACAGAUAAAGACCUAAAUUCCUCAUCCGCCGUAGGAAGCACUUACAGUAAGGAACGGAACGGCAUUUGAUUCAAGAAAGUUAAAACUGACAAAUAAUUGGAAAGUAACGUAAUUAUUAUAUACAAUUACGUUAUCGUAUAGAAUUAACAGACAUUUAUUGGAAGUGGAGUAAUGAAUAUUUGGCAGCGCAAUGAUAAUAAUGGAUAAUUGAUUUAAUUCCCUUGACGGAGAAUGAAAUGGAUUCGGUAUUUCUUAUGACGUCAAGACUUUUUUGCGAUGCGUCCUACAUCUAAGCACAACAACCCUCUACUAUUCUAUUUUCGGGCGAGGAACAGGAGAAUUGGCUGUUCUGAUUCCGAGGUAAUUAAUUAAUCGUGAAAACGAUCGAUCCAGGAAUAUUUAGCAAUUUCGGUCUCGCGUACGUCUUCGCGCGAGCACCCGGAGAGCAAUUCAAUAUCACGACGUACGAUUUUCGCGCUGUCCCGUUCAAGAACGACAACCUGAAAAUCGGAGGAACCCUCGCGCGAGGUCUGCGAGAGGCAGGAGCUGUCCCGCUCUGUUCCGUUCGCGAGAAACGUCUCGCGAUGUUGCGCUCCGCGCCAAAAGAGACGCCGUUUCUCGUCGCGCGCGUUUUUAACGCGUGAUCGCAUUUGAUUGUAAGCGUGCGACCGAGCGAUUAAAUUAAGAUUUCGCACACCGACAUGUUGCAUUUAGCAUUAAGCGCGCGAUCGACACGCGAGGGAUCGCGCGAGAACGUCAAAGAUCGUCAUCGCAAGGUCCGACUCGCGUUUCGUAAAUCACCGAUGCAAGUUUUGUCCUGAAUGUUGCGCGUGCGAGAGAGAGAGUGCGAGAUGGAGAGAGAGAGAGAGAGAGAGAGAGAGAGAGAUUCGUGAGAUUUAUUCCACCGUUAUAUUAAUUGUUACUUUAAAGUGAGACAGCCCCUUCGUCCCUCGCAGAGUUUGCCCGGAGAGAUCUAGAAAAAUCGUCUCGUCGAAGCGAGAGACGUCGGUCUCGUCUCCGUCGACAUUCGAUUUUCAAAUCGAUUUUUGCGACCACUUUCUCAAGUCUACGUCCCGCGCACAGCUCUGUAAAGCGACACAUGUACACACACACAUACAUACACACGUACACACAUAUACAUAUACACACACCACCUGCCCCGACAUCGAAACACACUUAAUUGUUCGUCCUUUUUAACAAAUAUAACAGAACUUACGUCUUA